CAUGAUCCGCCGUUGAUGCUAUCUUGUUCCUUUUCGGAAAGUCCGGGACUUAGACCUGGUCAUCUUCAGUCGAGAAUAAAUGCCUCGCGUGAUCGUGUUCAUUUCGUUGUGGCCACGCAGGAGAUAGGACUACGAGACAACCUCCGCUUUUGCCAGACCUCCAAGCCUCUCAUUCACUGGACUCCGCAACGAAGGAUGUUACCGCUAAGUAUGCCGCCUGGAGCUCUCCCGAAAAUUUUGACGGUGGCCAUCCUCCUGACCCUGGCCGUGGACACGAGUGGCUCGGGCUCCUACACCAUCAUGAAGGGCGACACCAUGUGGAAGAUCGCCGAGCGCCUCCGGAUCAACCUCAAGGCCCUCAUCGCCGCCAACCCGCAGAUCCCGAACCCCGACAAGAUCUGGCCCGGACAGAAGAUCAACAUCCCGGACCCGGGACAGCCGGUCCCUGGCCCCGCACCCACCGGCCCCGGAGGCUACCCCACCGGGAGGGGCAACGAAGUCGGAGGGGCGCCAAUCCAGUUCCCUAAUGCCUACCCGGCCGCCCCUCCUAGUCCGGGGGCUCCUCGCUACGGUGGGGGCGCCCCUCCUGCAGGACAGCCCAAUUAUGGUGCUCCUCAAGGUCCUGCUCCGGGAGCCCCCAAUUAUGGAGGGGGCGCCCCUCACAGUCCUGCCCCAGGGGCUCCCAAUUAUGGUGCACCUCAAGGUCCUGCCCCAGGAGCCCCCAAUUAUGGAGAAGGCGCCCCGCACAGUCCUGCCCCAGGGGCUCCCAAUUAUGGUGCCCCUCAAGGUCCUGCCCCGGGAGCCCCCAAUUAUGGAGGGGGCGCUCCUCACAGUCCUGCCCCAGGGGCUCCCAAUUAUGGUGCCCCUCAAAGUCCUGCCCCAGGAGCCCCCAAUUACGGAGGGGGCGCCCCUCAGCAGUUCCCUGCUCCCAGCUACGGCGGUGGCUUCCCCCAACAAGGUCCGAGUGCAGGAGCCCCUAAUUACGGAGGUGGUGCUCCUCCAAAAGGCCCCAGCCCAGGAGCCACCCCUUACGGAGGUGGGGCCCCCCAACAAGGCCCCAGACCAGCGGCCCCUGGCUACGGCGCGGGGCCCCCAAAACAGCCCUCUUGGCCGAGUUCUGGUGGGGCUCCGCCACCCCCAUCCUGCCCUCCCUGUUCCUGUGCUGCGCCGUACUCUGUUGGUGGUGGGUACUCAAAAGGUUAGAAACAUAUAAUUUUGGACGCGUCCAAAUUCGGAGAAAUUGUGAUUUUAUAAUAUUUUCAACCUUAAAAUUACUACUUGUGAUAGUUGAAUACUCAGAUAAUAUUUUUAGGAAUUAUUGAUGCAUAAAUGAUUAGAGAGAGAAAAAUAAAUAGAUUAUGUAAUGAAUGUUUAGCGUAUGUAAAAGACUUCUCUUUCCCACCAAUAUACUAUUUAAACAUUCAAAUUGACAGCUAUGUGCCUAUUUUGUACCCAUUAUAGAAUUGUAUCCUUCCAUGGCAUCAAAGAAAAUUUUUCAAUUGUAUCAAGAAGUGCAAUGGAUACUUAGAAAUCAACUGGCUGCCUACAAUUAAUUUUUCCAAUUGCUCUCUAUCAAUAAAAUAUUUUAAAUGUC